CAUUUAGAGCGCACGCGUGCCUUGGAUGGACCUUUCGGUCUUUCGUCGAAACGCGAUCGUACUGCCUGUGAAAUAUCUCGGCGCACUUUAGAAGAGCUUCAUUACCGUACUGUUCAUUCUACAUGCUCUCGGUGCCGAUUCGCGAUUGCAAUACGUGGAACAUUGGCGAUGAGAAGUCGAGCUCGUACUACAGUGUUACCAGGCCCGAUAUCUCGUGGGCGUUCGACACUUCCGAAUCGAGCCGUUCGGUCGCUUUGGGUUGUGUCCAGAUGUUGAAGCAAAAGGUGGAACGAGCUCGAGUGGUGAAUCGCUAUGUUCAUCCUGCAAUCGCACAUAAUCGCCCUUCUGGCCGCCAUUUUCCUAAUCGGUAAAUGUUACGCUCAUCCGAUGAUUUGGCAACGACAGGAUAUACGAUCAAAAGAGUGCACGGGAUGUGGCAACGAGUGUGACAAAUGCAAGUAUGGUGUCACCGUGUCUGCCCUCUGUGGCAUCGAGGAAUGCCGACGGGGUCCCGGCGAGUACUGUGGAGGUCCGAGUCAGUCAUGGGGUGUAUGUGGCGAAGGGAUGUUCUGCAUCUGCGAUCGUUGCGUCGGCUGCAGUGUAGACUUCCUCACGUGCUUCACGAAGUCUUGUCUGCCUCAUCAGAGCUUGGAGCAACGAGGUCACCAUGAGAUAAACGACGGAGUCUUCAUCAACAGGUACAUGGAGAACCGACCACCGGACGGCCGACUGAUCGAAGGAAGACAGAUGGAUGAACGACGAUUGAGAGGAUUGAAUAUGAAACGAAAGUGAAUGUAAGGGAGAGAGAGAGAGAGAGGGGGGGAGGGGGGGGGAAGAAAGGGAGAGGAAACGCGGGUAUUAACGAUUUUCCGAAUUAUUUAUUUUACGGUAUAAUCUUAUUAGGUAACUACUAUUGUGAUACACAACUCGUGCAGGUCUCACGCCGUAUCCGCUCGCAUAAGACGAUGGCGCCCCUGUUCGCGUUUAAUGGCAGUUUCUGUGAUUUCUUCUUUUUAAUAUUACUGUGUAUUAUCCUCUCUUAUAUACUCACGUAUCGAUAAAGCACACGCGCGCACGCACGUGUCGCGCGGGCUGGCUUGAUCUCGCGAGAUACACAAUGAAUCAUCCCCGCAUGAUUCUUGGCUGUGAAUCGCAUCUCUCGCGGAAUGCGCGCUCGAAGCGAUGAAUUGGAUCCUCGUUGAUGUUCCCACGUACGCAAAUCGCCGUGGGAUCUCCGCUGAAAACCGAGAGCGCCGUGUGUUAAGCGGUGACAACUCGCGGCAUGGGCGAUGCGUUUCAGGACGAAAGAAUACCACAAGAGGGACCAUACGACACACCUCGCUCUCGGUUUCCUAUCACGGCGGUGAGCCGUGAAAUGCUUGGCGAACGCCGCCUCUAUGUAACGGAAAACAGAAUAAAAUUGGCUGCAUACA